GCCCGUUCAGCUAAAUCCAACGCGUCCGCUAAUUUUGCGGACGCGUUUGAGAUGCCCUUAGAGCAGCAGCGGUAUGUAGCUUUAGCAGCUACAAUCGGCUACUUACUUCGAGGAUGGGAUAAUUCAACGAUUGCCGACGCCGUAUUGUAACAUCAAGACGGAAUUCCAUCUGGAGACAGACCCAAAACUGGAAGGCCUUAUUGUGGCCAUGUCUCUAAUUGGCUCCACUCUGAUCACCGCAUCCGCCGGUGGAGUUUCUGAUUGACUCGGUCGUCGUUCCGUGCUGAUCAUCUCUGCCAUCCUUCGUGUCGUGAGCGGCGUAUAGAUGUUAUGGUCUCCCGGCGUGUAUGCCCUACUUUUCCAAGGCUUCUCGAUGGUUUUGGAAUUGGUUUGACUAUUGUCAUAGUUCCGAUCUACAUCUCCGUGACAGCUCCGCCAGAAAUCAGGGGUUUACUCAGCACUUUUCCUCAGUUUAUCGGUUCAUUUGGGAUGUUUCUCUCCUACUGCGUGGUCUUUGGGAUGUCAUUGCUGGACUCGCCUUGUUAGAGAUUGAUGCUUGGAUUUAUCUUGAUUCCGUCUAUGUUGUGCUUCGUUUUGGGUGUGUUUUAUUUGCUGGAGUCGCCUAGAUGGCUUGUUAGUAAAGGGCAGUUUCCGGAGGCAGAGCAGGUUUUACAGCGGCUUCUUGGAAGGAAUGAUGUAAAUGGCCAAAUGACACUGUUAAUUCAAGGACUGGGAAAAAAGUAUAACAAUGUUGAGUCCCAGGACGAAUUGGAGGACAAUUUGCAGAACUCGUUAAUGUCAUCAAUAACGGAUGAUGAUGACAUUGGUUGGCUCAAUCAAUAAAGAUUCAGCGAAAUGGCUAAUUGGUUGGAAUGACAUGUUGGAAGAGCCAGGAGUUAAGGCUGUGUUGUUUGUUAGGAUUGGAAUUCAGAUGCUUCAGCAAUUUUCAGGUAUACACUACUACGCUCCCCAGAUUCUAGAGCAGGCAGGGGUGGGAGUUAUUUUGUCGAACUAUAUCGGCAUUAUCUCCGAAUCCGCAUCUAUACUGAUUAGUGCCUUUAUGACGCUGUUGAUGUUGCCUGCCAUAGCUAUUGCCAUGCGGCUAAUGGAUAUAUCUGGCAGAAGGACAUUGCUGCUGACCACAAUACCUGUUCUGAUCUUAACACUUGUAGUCUUAGCUCUAUUUGGAGGUAAUAUUGUUGAUUUGGGGAAGGUUGCGAAUGCCGUGGUUUCAACCGUGUGUGUAGUUGCUUAUUCUUGUUUCUUUGUGAUGGGGAUUGGUCCCGUACCCGGGAUUCUGUGUGCGGAGAUGUUCCCGACAAGAGUGCGCGGGAUAUGCAUCACCAUUUGCACCAUGGCGUUUUGGAUCGGAGACAUUGUAGUCACCUAUACUUUCCCGGUGAUGAUGAGUUCCAUUGGCCUUGGUGCUGUUUUUGGGCUAUAUGCAGUUGUGUGCGUCCUGUCGUGGUUUUUCGUGUUCAAGAAAGUUCCUGAAACUAAGGGUAUGUCGCUGGAGGCCAUCAGCGAGUUCUUUUCUCUUGGCGCGAAAGCGUCCACAAAGGAAAACGAUCCCAUAGUUGCUUCAUUCGUCUGUAUAAAAACAUGAGCAGUGAUAUCCUAGAAUAGUUUCUCACAAGUUUUAGAUUGCACCAUAGUGUAGGAUAUGUAAAGAGUUUUAUCACUUUGUUGCCAGUUAUUUGUACUCCACUGGUUUCUCAUUCCUGAUUUUGUAGACAACAUUGAUUUUUCAGUGGAGUAACAAUGUAGAAAAACCACAAAAGAAGAAAACUACUCCACUUCUUUCUGUGUUAAGUUUUGUUGAGGUGGUGGCCUAGUAGUAGUAUUCAGGAUCAGAGCUGGUUUGAUUGCAGGGAACGAAAGCAAAAUCUUACCAAAAUGAUAGACUACUUAAAAAUACG